UUAUUUGAUAAUAUAUGAUAAUGAGAGACAGGGUAAUCUAUGUUGUCUGAAUGGUGAGGGUAGCAUGAAGUGAAGAGCAGGGUGAGUGAUAAUGAAGAUGGUGGGAAGUGGGUCCUCCAACAGCAUUAGUGUGAGUGGAGGAAGUUGUGCACUAGAGAUAUAUGGAAGCUGCAUUGUCAAGCAAAGCAAACACCAAAAGAAAAGUGGCAUCCAAACAAACAUGUACAUCAUAAAACUCUUCUCUGUUCAUUUCCAUGCUUCAUCCUUCAUUUUUCACCUACUACCACAAUUUCUUUAAACCCCACUUCCAUUCCAUAAAGCAACCCACUUCAUUCUACUCCAAGUUUCUCUCCAUCUCUCUCUCUCUUUAUCCAUGCUUCUUCCUUAAUUCAUGCACUGAUUUGACAAAUCUCUUCAACUACAACAUACUUUCUCCAAACUACUUAUCUACCUUUCUAGUCUUUUAUGUAUCUUCAAGGUGAUCAUUGAUGAUCCAAAUAUCUACACCUACUCUUUUUCUCUGGUGUUUCCUGAUUUUGGAAACCUUUUGGCUUGUUGCAAAGAAAAAUUCCACGGCAUAACAAGGGUUGGAAUGGAUUCAUUCAAUCAGAAUUGUCAGAACAGCAGCUUCAGGUACAGUCCAAAUUUGAACACGGGGACACAUGCUGAUGAAGAAGCUGAAUUCUCAGGGAUUCUUGAUAUCUUUGUCCAUCAUGCCAGGAAUAUUCAUAACAUAUGCAUCUAUGACAACCAGGAUGUGUAUGCCAAGUUCUCUCUAACUUACAACCCCGACGAGACCCUCUCUACCAGAAUCAUCAAUGGAGGUGGCAAAAACCCAACAUUCAAUGAAAACAUGAGGAUGAAGAUCAGCCAAAUAGACGCCGUUCUCAAAUGUGAAAUUUGGAUGUUUAGCAGGGCAAGGAUUCACAUGGAAGACCAGCUAUUGGGAUUUGCUUUGGUCCCAAUUUCACAAGUCAUUGGCAAAGGAAAGGUAACCGAAGAUUACAGCCUUUCUUCCACUGAUCUUUUCCACUCUCCUGCUGGAACCGUUCAACUGACACUGGCUUUAGACCCCUCUUUGGCACUCGAUUCCUCAGUGAACUUGAUUCCUGAAUCGGCAAAGACUUCAUCCAUAUCAUCAGAAGUCAUUUUGCUUGAUAGAAAGAUCUCAGAAGUUAUGUUGGACCCAGUUGAGUAUGCAAGAAUUGAAUUUCCUGACAUCAGUGUUGUGAAGGAGAAUCAGCAAAUGGUGUCCGAGUACUUCAAUCUUGCAGCUCAUGGUACUUGUUCUGCUCUUUCAAGGUCCAACAUUGGAAGACCUCUACCAUUUCUCCACCUUGGUGCAUCUCCUCAACUUGAUGAUUACGAGAUGACUAUGAGUCCCCCAGACGAGAAUCAUGUAGGUUCCCUUUCUCCAAACGAGAGCAUUCAGAACUCAUGCUUCCUAGGCUCCACUAUCACAACCUUGAGUGAUGAUAGAAACUCAGCAGAUUCAGUUGAUAAAAAGAACCCCUUGAGCACUGGUGACUCCUCCAAUUCUGUCACCGUGUCAAUCACCGUGGAAGGUAGUCAAAACUCUGGUGGCGCUUGCCCGGAUACCCCAACUUCUAAGAAAGAAGGUGAGACCCCAAAUGAAAAAGAUGCAACCUUCUCAAGCAAAGAAAAGGAAAGCAAAAUCAGCAAUAAGAACACGACAGAAGCUUCAAAGUUUGGUCAAGUUUUUGCGGCUCCUUUAGGGAACAUCAAUCUUGAGGCCGAGCAAGCUGCUAUGCAAAAACAGAUAGUGGACAUGUAUAUGAGGAGCAUGCAGCAGUUCACUGAGUCGUUGGCAAAAAUGAAGCUCCCGAUGGACCUUGACAAGCCUGAGAAAGUUGAUCAUGGCGAUGGUGAUGUGAUUCAGAAUCAUGAAAACAGCAAAUUAGAAACUGAUAAGAAGAAAAAGGAUGGAUCUCGUGUGUUUUAUGGUAGUCGAGCAUUCUUCUAAUCACCACUUAUUGUUGAAAAUAGCAAGAAUGAGAUUGUGAGAAAUUACUUAUCGUAACAUCAGGUACCUACAUCAAUUUGCUCAGUGAUAUUUAUUAAAGAUUUUAGUUAGUCCUGGUUUGUUUGACCCCCACUUUAGGUGAUCACAAUAAUCUUCUGUUUUAAAUAUCUUGUUCAUUGUUUAACUCAUGGCUCUGUAACCCCAAAAACACCAUGAAUUUGCAUAAGUUUUGGUGAUCAA